CCUGCACGCGGCGAGCCGACGACAGAUUCACGAUCAGUGCCGGCGAAGAACCCGUCCUCUCUGGAUCAUCCUGACCGACGGCAAGUCUUACUGCUACACAUUCGAUUCCCUCGUGAGUACGCGACGCGUUGCAACGAAUGAAGCACAAGGGUGACGCCAUGACUGUGAAGUCUGAGCAUACGUGGGACCGCCUAAGAAGCACUUCCCCCGAAUCCUCCCCGGCGAAAAUAACUCGCCUCACCUCUCCCCGCUCCUUGUCCUCUUCCACCUCCUUUCCGAUCGUCAAAACAUCCCUUAAUAACAUACGGAAUCUCGUCAACGCAGCAACUAUGGACAAUAUGGACUCCAAACCAAUGCUCAAUGACGAUCCAUCGGUCACGUUAACUAUUCGCCUCAUUAUGCAGGGAAAGGAAGUUGGCAGCAUAAUUGGAAAGAAGGGAGAAAUUGUAAAUAGGUUCCGCGAAGAGUCCGGUGCCAAGAUAAAUAUCUCAGAUGGCUCCUGCCCAGAACGUAUAGUCACUGUAACGGGUCCCACAAACUCGAUAUUCAAAGCGUUUACAUUGAUUUGCAAGAAGUUUGAAGAAUGGUGUUCCCAGUUCCACGAUAUUCAAGGAAGCGGCGCAGGUGGCGGCGGCGGUGUUCCAAGGCCGCCGAUCACUCUUCGGCUGAUUGUUCCUGCUUCGCAAUGCGGAUCUCUCAUUGGAAAGGGAGGAUCAAAGAUAAAGGAAAUUCGCGAGGUUACCGGCGCCUCUAUUCAAGUCGCUUCCGAAAUGCUACCAAACUCAACGGAACGUACAGUGACUAUCUCGGGCACCAGCGAGGCUGUCACGCAGUGCAUCUAUCAUAUCUGCUGUGUCAUGCUAGAGUCCCCUCCCAAAGGUGCCACGAUCCCUUAUCGCCCUAAACCCCAAGUUGGUGGGCCAGUGAUCCUGGCUGGUGGGCAAGCCUACACCAUCCAGGGUAAUUACGCGGUGCCCGCCCACUCGGACAUGGGCAAAUUGGGGAGCAAUCCUCUCGCUGGUCUCGCAGCUCUAGGUCUUGGAGGUCUCGCUACACCCGCCAACACAGGCGGACUCAAUCCAGCUGCUUUAGCAGCACUCGCUGGAAGUCAGUUGCGAACUAGCAACACCAAUAGACAGCAGCCAGCGGCUAACAACCAGACGCAUGAGAUGACCGUUCCCAAUGAGCUGAUCGGAUGCAUCAUUGGCAAGGGUGGCACGAAGAUAGCCGAAAUUCGUCAAAUAUCAGGGGCCAUGAUUCGCAUUAGCAAUUGCGAAGAGAGGGAAGGAGGAGCGACUGACCGCACCAUCACUAUCACUGGAAAUCCAGACGCGGUCGCUCUUGCACAAUAUCUCAUCAAUAUGAGGAUAUCGAUGGAGACAGCAGGAAUGGCGAUCCCAGCCUAUCACUACAUAACACCGAAUCACAUCGUUAAAUCCUCAAUUCACUAAAGAGAGGCUCUACGGAAAGAGUUUGAAGAGCACAUGUUGGAGACGAAACAAAGAAACAGUAAAGAGAAAAAAGAACAUAUAUAUAUAUAGCGAGACACAUAUACACAAUGCUGUCAAAGCGUCUGGGGCUGAGCCAAAUUGUGUUCAUCCAACCAGCUUUUUGCAGUAAUUAUUACGCGUAACGUGAGACGUUAUUACGUGGUUAAAUACGCGCAAACAAACAUGAAUGUUGAAGCACUUUGUUGAAGUGUAAUAACUUGUAUAAAGUACGCAUAGCGACAUGAUGCUGCAGCCCCACGAGCUGCUGCUGACGAUUGGUAAAGGGAACAAGCCAAAGAUAUGUUAGUUUUCAUUUUUAUAUAUUUAAACAAAGAUAAUGAAAAAAAUUUUUAAAGUAAUAAGAGGAGUUAGGAAAGGCGAAUGAGAAGAGGCUGAAGAGGAAGAAGGAAAAUGUUGAGGAGAAGAAUUAUAGUAGUAAGAUAUUCGUGCAAGUAUUUCUAGACUGGUUGAUGUUAACUUUUUUUUUAUCGACAAAUCUGGCACAGUCGAAGUUCUACGGACACGCUCAACGUGGCUCGCAGUAAUUGGAUCUGUUUCCAAUCGACUUACAAUCAGUUUAUAAGAAUCAAGGAUCCUACUCUGGGUCUAAACAAGUCUGGCGUGCCUGGUUAUUUUACUUUUUCUUGUGAAUCGAGUUCUAAGGCAAGGUAGAUUGAGUUCUACGGACUUAGGACAGACUGUAACUCACUAGUCGAAUGUGCUGAAAAUUUCAAACAGAGCAUCAAAGUCUAGCUUGAGUUAACUUUUGAGCUCUCAAGUACAUUUGAAAUCUUUUUUCUUACGUAGUCUGAAACUUGUACAAAAGUACUAGACACGCCGAAGAACUUUCGCAGAUUGAUUGGAAUUGACAAUCGAUUUGAAAUCUGCUAGAAAGAGUCGUAACUUAAAAACAAAAAACAGUUUACCUUGUCGAUAUCUGCCAUGCGCAAUAUUUUUUACAAUCCAAUUGCGACGAGCCGCCGAGCCUGUGAAUUGUGGAACUGAGUACAACGUACUCAACACACGCCAUAUUUAUGUAAAAAUUAUAGUUGCGUAGCUUUUGCAUGCAAACUCAAUUCGAAAUUAUUAUUGUUGAUAGUUAUUAGUUAUUAUUAUUAAUUAUUAUUAUUAUACGGUAUUAUUUUAUACUUGUUAUGCAGUGUUGAAGGACUCUCAAUGAUGAAGACCUUAUGUAUAUACGACUGUCUGACUUGGAUAAAAUAUCAUUUUACUGCUACAAUCCGUGUUUUACCUUGUGAAUGAUGAUGCGAAUUCAAUGAGCCGACGUUAAUUAUACUAUUGACUUAAAAAAAAAUAACAAAAAAAACUAUAAUAGACUUGUGAAACAAAUAUUUACUCGUAUAUACAUAUGAUGUUAUUGACUAAAGUUAUAUGUACGUAUAAUACAUGUUAUACGUGAAAAAAAAUGAUCAUUAAAUGAUUUCAUUUUUUCAAAUUUCUUUCUUAUUGAAACGUUGAGUCAUUUUCGAGGCAAAAUUCAGUUGUGAAUACGAAGAAGACGAAGAAGAAGAAGAAUAGGACGUAAAUAAAAAA